AUGCAUAUCCCUACUUUUGGACAGGUUGCCACCAUCGGCAUGGCUUUCUUCGCCGCCGCUGCUUUGGCUGCUCCCAUUACUGAGCCCCGCGAAGCCGACCUCGUCGAGGCCCGUGGCGAGGGACUUGCUUUCACUGGUGCCGUCAGCGCACUUGAGCAGCGCAACAGCAAGAAGAAGUGCAAGCGUACCAACAACAAGGGCUACUGCACCGAUUCCGACGAGAAUAAGGACAAGAAGAAGAAGAAGCAGUGCAAGCGCAACAAGAAGGGUGACUGCUCUGACGAUGAGGGCAAGAAGAAGAAGGGCAACCAGAAAGAUGACAAGAAGAAGAAUGGUGAUAACAAGUACGACAACAAGAAGAACGAUGACAAGAAGAACGAUGACAAGAAGAACGAUGACAAGAAGAACGAUGACAACAAGAACGAUGACAACAAGAACGAUGACAACAAGAACGAUGACAGCAAGAACGGCAAGGACAACAAGGGCGGCUACUAUUGA